AUGAAUAGUACCAACAAUAGUAGCAUCAUCAAUAACAACAACGAAGACAACGAUAGCAGCCAGAACAAUAGCAACAACAACAACAUUGACAAUAACCUUAGUUUAGACUUUGGAAAGGUUAACAUUGGUCUCAAUAAUAAUAAUAGUAAUAAUAGUAAUAACGAUGUAGAUACAAUCAAUAAGAGAUAUGCAUAUAUGGUCAAUACAUUGAUGGCAGAUGGUUGUGACUACUUCUCAUUGGAAAAGUGUAGUCAACGUCAUCCAUACCUCUAUCACAGUCAUCUGAGUAGAUAUCGAUUGAAGGAUGAGGUCUCUGAGCCAUUCGAUCGCAAUGCAAAGAUAUCAGAACGUUUGAUGGAGAAUGCUCAGUUGGAGUAUGAUAUGGUCGGUGCCAUCGAUAAGGAGUUGAGUGAGAUUGACCAUCUAUCAAAGACUACUCUGGAGAGACAUACACAAUCACUACAUACAACAUAUAACACCAAGCAAGAGAGUACAUGGUUCAAGACAGAUGAUUCAAUGAUGCGUAGUAACAUGGAGGAGAUGGCAGUGCGAAGAAGAGAGUUGGCUAAACAGAGAGCAAGGAUUACAAUGGUGUUGAAUCAAAAGAGAACAAGAGGUGAUGAUGCUGAAGAGGAGGAAGAGGAAGAGGAAGAGGAAGAAGAUGAGGACGAUGAUGAGGAGGAUGAAUCAAUGGAUCAGACUGGUAUUGAUGAAGAUAUUGAAGAGUUUAUAGAUCUUGUAAAGGACAUGUUCAUUCAUGGCUUGGACAGAGAGUUUGACUACUCUACAAUUGAUCGAGAGGCUAUUGAUCAAAGAGAGCAAGAUGAUCAUGAUGAUGAGGAUCAUUACUUUGACGUGGACAAUGACCAAAGUGAUGUUGAUACAUUGUCCAACAACAACAAAUCAAAGACGCAGUCAACAACAACAACAGCAACACCACACAAAGUGUUUAAUCUUGGACAAGAAGAUGAUUAUGACUAUGAAGAGGAGUACAGACAAUCAAUGGAUGGCUAA